UUCUGGCAUGGAGAGUUGAGGAAUAUAAUGCCCAAUGGUGACAAAGGGUGAUAAUUUCCUGUUUUUCACAAUUUAUCUUUGUGGUUUUGGACUUAGCAAUGGAUAUUCUUUGUGAUGGAGAGAGCUCUGUGAACCCAACUGCAAACUCCUUCAUACAAAUAAAUCACGAGAGAAGAUUCUACAGAAAUGUUUAUGGAGCUGGAGAAAUUAAUAUAUCACAUCUCUGCAACCUGACUGUGAACUCUGACAACCUAACCAAUCUUUCAUGCGAAAGUAACAUGAGCCCACCGUGCUGCCCUUCGCAGAAAAACUGGCCGGCUUUGCUGACAGUGAUAGUGAUUGUUUUAACCAUUGCUGGAAAUAUUCUUGUCAUCAUGGCUGUUUCACUGGAGAAAAAACUACAGAAUGCCACUAACUAUUUUCUAAUGUCACUUGCAAUAGCUGAUAUGCUGCUGGGUUUCUUUGUCAUGCCUGUGUCCAUGUUAACCAUACUGUAUGGAUACGAAUGGCCUCUACCUAGAAAGCUCUGUGCCAUUUGGAUCUACUUGGACGUGCUCUUCUCCACGGCGUCCAUCAUGCACCUCUGUGCCAUCUCACUGGAUCGCUACAUUGCCAUCCGAAACCCCAUCCACCACAGCCGCUUUAACUCAAGAACGAAGGCUUUUGCCAAAAUAAUUGCUGUUUGGACCAUAUCAGUUGGUAUCUCCAUGCCUGUACCUGUCUUUGGACUACAAGAUGACUCCAAAGUAUUUAAGAAAGACAUUUUUAAGAAAGACAUCUGCUUACUCGCAGAUGAAAAUUUUGUUCUAGUAGGUUCUUUUGUGGCAUUCUUCAUCCCUCUAACCAUCAUGGUAGUCACUUACUUUUUAACUAUCAAGUCGCUGCAAAAGGAAGCUAUGCUAUGUGUGAAUGACAUUGGCCCUAAGACCAAGUUUACUUCAUUCAGCUUCCUCCCUCAGAGUUCCCUGUCCUCAGAGAAACUCUUUCAGCGCUCCUUGAACAGAGAUACAGGGACUUCAGGGAGGAGAACAAUGCAAUCCAUCAGCAAUGAGCAGAAGGCUUCCAAGGUCCUUGGCAUUGUCUUCUUCCUGUUUGUUGUGAUGUGGUGCCCAUUUUUCAUCACCAAUGUGAUGGCUGUUAUUUGCAAGGAGUCAUGCAAAGAAGAGGUCAUUGGAGGGCUUCUUAACAUAUUUGUUUGGAUUGGCUACCUUUCUUCAGCUGUCAACCCACUCGUGUACACGUUGUUCAACAAAACCUACCGCUCAGCUUUCUCUCGCUACAUCCAGUGUCGCUACAAGGAGGAGAAGAAACCUUUCCAGCUGAUUUUAGUGAACACUAUCCCAGCACUUGCAUAUGACUCCAGCCAGCUCCAGCUAGCACAAAUGAAGAGCUUGAAAAAAGAGGCGAAAAUGAUGGCUAAGGAUUACUCGACGGUCACGAUAGGAGCACAUCGUUUAGAUGGUACCUCCAAGGGAAGUAUCGGCCCAGGGAACGAAAAGGUUAGUGGUGUGUGAUGGUCAGCAGCUGCCAUGACAACCACUGUGUGUGUGCUGAAAAUUUCACCUGCUGUGAGAAGCUCUGAUAGCUUAGGAAAAUCAGCUGUGUCCAAGAGACCUUCCGACAACAUCAUAUACUCCUCCCAUUAUCCUGUGUAUGAAAAGCAGGGUUGAAAGGGUAUCAAAUGUGCAAUUUUUUUUCAUACAGUACUUUGGCUGUUUUAAGCACAGGCUUUAUUAAACUUAUUUUUUUAAUAUUCUAAAGAAUAUAUUUCUUAAAGAAAAAAAUGCAAUUUCUGUAUUAUAAUAUGGGCUAUGAAGAAACCUACACAAUUCUUUUCUCUUUGCCAAUGAAAGCUAAGCUGUCCUUUGAUGUUCUUGCAGAGUAGGCUCCAGCUAGUUUGUCUUGCUACAAUUGAGUUUUGUUAUCAUUAACUGAAUGAGCACUUUAUGGAAUUUUAAAUAAUAUGACGGUUCA